AUGGGUCGUAUCUAUAUGGUAAAAGGGGACUGUACCUACUACUAUCAAUGUAACAAUAGAAGGGAAUAUUUGAGAAGACCAUGUAAAGACGAUGAAAUCUGUAACCCCUGGAUUGGAAAAUGUGUUUCUAAUACUGAAAAUGUCGACUGUGAUAUUAUUCCCGACUACUAUGCCAAAUCCUGCAUCUAUCAGCGUGUACCAAGCGAUUGUACCAAAUAUACCCACUGCAAUGGUGGACUGGAGGUAGUAGAAUGGGGACAGAACAACAAUAGAAACCCAGAUCCCCAGUGUGGGAGACUGGCUGUACCAACUGUUCCCAGUGACAUGAUGCGAGAUAGAAUGAAUGGUAAUGGUAAUCAAGGCUCUAUGAAAGAAAGACCCCUUGAGAACAAUAGAUCAGUAUAUAACAAAAACUUAGUUGACCUAACUACCAAAGGAAUUGAUGAUUUUAAUCGUCAAAUAUCGUAUCAUAUCUUGUAA